AUGCGUUUGAUAUCACUUUUGGCUUUUAUAUCUUGUGCAUUAGUUGUUAAAGGCGCAUAUGCGGUUUACUUUUACGAAAAGAACAAUACCGGUAAUCAUAGAGAUUUUAUUAACGAAGAAGAUUAUUUUCCAAAACUAAUCGCAGAUAGAAAACCAAAGUAUAAGCCUAUCCGAAUGAAUCGUUGUGCAACAUGCCAUUGCGGAUGGAUUAAUUCAAAUAGAAUUGUUGGAGGAUUCGCAGUUCGGUAUAACAAAUAUCCCUGGAUAGCACAAUUGACAUAUAAUUCAAGAUUCUUCUGUGGUGGAUCAUUGAUCAAUGAUAAAUUCGUGCUAACUGCCGCUCAUUGCACGACCGGUUUUAAAGCUAAUAAUUUGGGAGUUCGCUUAUUACAAUUUGAUAGAAAUGCUGCAUCUACUGGAAUACAUAGAGCGGUUAAACAAAUAAUUGCACAUCCCAAUUACAAUACUCGUACACUUGAUAAUGAUAUUGCUCUCUUAGAAUUGUCACAUACAGUUCCUCUCAAUGGUGCAACUAGACCAGUUUGUUUACCAGAUGCACAACAUACUUUUGAUUAUCAAGAUGCCAUUGUUGCUGGUUGGGGAUUAACAGUAGAACAAGGUCAAGUAUCAUCAAUAUUACGUGAAGUUACUGUACCAGUUAUUUCAAAUAAUGACUGUAAAAAGACAAAAUAUGGUAAUAUGAUAACAGAGAAUAUGUUAUGUGCUGGUGAUGUUAAAAAAGGUGGAAAAGAUGCUUGCCAGGGUGAUAGCGGUGGCCCAUUAAUUGCUCCCUCAAAGUCAAAUGGUAGAACAAAUGCGUUUGCAUUAGCUGGUGUAGUUUCAUAUGGUUAUGGCUGUGCUAAAGCAAAUGCGCCUGGAGUAUAUGCUAGAGUUACCAAAUAUCUUCCAUGGAUUUUGCAGAACACACAAAAUUCUUGUUAUUGCAGUAACUAA